AUGAUACACAAAUCGGGGGGAAUAGACGAAGACGUGAGACAUCGAAUCCAAGCUGGAUGGAUGAGGUGGAGAGCAGCUUCUGGAGUCAUGUGCGACAAGUGGAUCUCGCUAAAACUGAAAGGAAAGUUCUACAGAGUAGCUAUUAGACCGGCUAUGUUAUAUGGGUUAGAAUGUUGGCCAAUGACGAAAGUCCAAGUGUCUCGUGUAGAGGUGGCAGAGAUGAGGAUGCUAAGGUGGUCUUGCGGGAAGACCUUAUCAGACAGGAUUCCCAUGGGAGUUUUUAGAGCCGAACUUGAAGUAGGGACCAUCAUUAACAAGCUAAGAGAAGGGCGCUUGAGAUGGUUUGGCCAUGUUAGGAGAAGGGAUCGAACAGCACCACUAAGGAGAGCGGAGUCUAUUUACGUCCAAGGCAUACGAAGAAGGGGAAGGCCUAAGAUGAGGUGGAAGGACCGAUUAGCGAAAGACCUAAUAGAGCUUGGUUUGUCAGAGGACAUGACGUUGGAUAGGACAACCUGGAGAACUAGGAUUAAAGUAGAUGAUUAG